AUGUGCGCGCCUGCGUGUGCGCGCAGCGGGGAGGGCAGAGCCGGGCGCGCCGCGCAGCAGAGCACGCCGUGGCCGUGGCCGUGGCCGUGGCCGGCACCGGAGGAGGAGUUGCGGCGCUCCGGCAGCCCCGCGGAGCCGCCGUGCGAGCGCGCCGAGGCGCAACAGGCGGGGCGGCUCCUCCCGGGCGGUGAAGGGGAGGCGGCGGGGAGCGGGCACGGGCACGAGCACGAGCACGGGCACGGGCACGGGCACGGGCACGGGCACGGGCAGGGAGCUGGCGGCAUGCGGGCGGAGGAGCCGCUGGCGCUGGCGGCCCCGCGGGCGGGCGGCGGCGAGGCGGAGGCGGCGGGCGAGGAGCGGAGCGGCGGCGGCUGCUGCAGCAGCGAGCGGCUGGUGAUCAACAUCUCCGGGUUGCGCUUCGAGACCCAGCUGCGGACCCUCUCCAUCUUCCCCGACACGCUGCUGGGGGACCCCAGCCGCAGGGUGCGCUACUUCGACCCGCUCCGCAACGAGUACUUCUUCGACCGCAACCGGCCCAGCUUCGAUGCCAUACUCUACUACUACCAGUCCGGGGGCAGGCUCCGGAGGCCGGUCCACGUACCUCUCGACAUCUUCCUGGAGGAGAUCCGCUUCUACCAGCUGGGCCAGGAGGCCAUCGAGACCUUCCGGGAGGAUGAGGGCUUCAUUCAGGAGGAGGAGAAGCCCCUGCCCCAGCACCACUUCCAGCGCCAGGUCUGGCUGCUCUUUGAGUACCCUGAGAGCUCCGGGCCGGCCCGGGCCAUCGCCAUCGUCUCCGUGCUGGUGAUCCUCAUCUCCAUCGUCAUCUUCUGCCUGGAGACCCUGCCCGAGUUCCGCCAGGAGCCCAAGGGCUCCCAGCCCGGCUUCGGGGAGGCAGCAGUGCCCGGGGACGACACGCUGCUGCUGCCACCGCCACCACCACCGAGCGGGACCCCACAGCCCCUGCGACCCGCUGCCGGCGCAGGCCCUUUCUUCACUGACCCCUUCUUCCUCAUCGAGACCCUGUGCAUCAUCUGGUUUUCCUUUGAGCUCCUCGUGCGCUUCUUCGCCUGCCCCAGCAAGCCCGAGUUCUCCCGCAACAUCAUGAACAUCAUCGACAUCGUGGCCAUCAUCCCCUACUUCAUCACCCUGGGCACAGAGCUGGCCCAGCAGCAGCAGCAGAAGCAGCAGCCUGGGAGCAGCAGCAACAACGGGGGCCAGCAGCAAGCCAUGUCCUUGGCCAUCCUCAGAGUCAUCCGCCUGGUCAGAGUCUUUAGGAUCUUCAAGCUCUCCAGGCACUCCAAGGGGCUGCAGAUCCUGGGGAAGACUCUCCAGGCCAGCAUGAGGGAGCUGGGCCUCCUCAUCUUCUUCCUCUUCAUCGGGGUGAUCCUCUUCUCCAGUGCUGUCUACUUUGCAGAGACCGAUGACCCCGAUUCCCUGUUCACCAGCAUUCCCGAUGCUUUUUGGUGGGCAGUGGUGUCCAUGACCACUGUGGGCUAUGGGGACAUGUAUCCCAUGACAAUUGGUGGCAAGAUUGUGGGCUCCUUGUGUGCCAUUGCUGGUGUGCUCACCAUUGCCCUGCCUGUCCCUGUCAUCGUGUCCAACUUCAACUACUUCUACCACCGAGAGACUGAUCAUGAAGAGCAGUGCCAGUACACCCAUGUCACCUGUGGCCAGCAGCAGUCACCCUUCUCUGAGCCCAAGAAGGGGGACAGUAAUCAGUCUCUCAGCAAAUCUGAAUUCCUGGAAGCAGAAGACCUGGAGUCCAUGAAAUAUUCCAACUUCAUUCCCCCCAACAAUCAGGGUUAUAAAGAGAAGAAAAUGCUGACAGAGGUGUGAUCGGUUUUGUUGUCAUGGGUCCAGACACAGAGCUGCAAGCUGCUGCACAGCCGUCUUCCCACUAGCAGCUGGAUCUAUUCAACAUUUACAUACCAGACUGUGAAUUGUGAUACCGUAAACAGAGUGAUUGUGAUAAUGGGCUCUUCUCUGCUGAUUUGCUGUUUCUCAUUACUGUGUGCAGUCAGAAAUGUUCUUGCUUUAUUCUGUGGAGUGCUAGCUGUCAUCCCCCACUCCCUCAUGAAUAUCUUUUCCUUUUUUUUGAAGACUGCUGUAAACCAAUAUUAGCUCUGAAGCCUAACCUUUCUUCUCCACUAGCAAAGAACCCCUUGCCACAACUCCAGCUGAAGGAUUCAACAGGGAGUAAAUAGUUAAAGGGGCUACAAACAUCUGGCUCAAGCUGUGCCCUUCGUUCCUGUGCCAGCGCAGUGCCCUUGGCUGUGGGAUCAGUCACGCCUGCCAUGCCAUUGCCUUUGAAUAAUGGAAAUGCUGUAGCCAGCAUCACAGUGAGUUCUGUAGCUGUAAGGAAGAAGUCAACAAACAGAUGCCUUUCUUCUUUGCAACACUUGGCAUGCUGAAGACCCUCUUGGUUUAUGUUUCAAAAAAGGUGCAUAGAUCUAAAAGCUCUUUGCCACUCCUGACCAUAUACUAUUCAUCAAAAAUGAGCAUAAAGAAAUCAACAGGCUUGUUGAAGAAUCUCUGUAUUGUGAGCUUAUUUCAGCCUUCUUUGUUCCAGUGCCCUGAUGUUAAUUGGCUUUUAUAAUACGAAGUUAAUCUUCAUAGUGCUAAGUGCCUUCUGAUGCUAGGCACAUUUGAGAAAAUUCAUUUGUUAUCUCCGCAGUUUAUCUCUACACAAUAGUGUUUAAUGAGAUAUACUUUAUGCUUCAGAUAUCCAGUUCUGUAUUCAGGCAUGUGAGAGCAAUUGACAUCACUGCAUUUUUAUUGAAGUGUUUCUAUAGCUGAGGGAAGUUUGUAUGUUGGUAUUUUGUUGGCAUUGCUGAAAAACCCCAACCACCUGUGCUAUCUGAAGAUUGCACUGAUAUAACGGGUCACAGUCAUAAAUUACCCCUGGGUAAGUGUGUCAACAUUAGAGAUUUAGACUGGCACUGAUACAAGCUUGCCUAAGCCAUCUGCACAAACUCGGUACCCCAGAUCUUUCAAAUGGGAGGGAAAAGAGCUAACCUUGAAGAAAUGUUUUUGCUUUUUUUACUGAUUCAGCCAGUUCUGUGUAUUUCUUACAUAGAAGACAGAGAAAUGUCUUUUGCGUGCACUAGGUCUUAUGAGAGCAGCUUAUAGUAAGUAGCAUUGCAAAAUGCAUACCUUGGCCCGUAGUGCUGGGCUUGUCAAGGGACCAGAGAUUUGCAUCUUAAGACGCAUGUUUUGCUUCCCAGGUAAUAUCUUUUCCUUCCUUCCUUCCUUCCUUCCUUCCUUCCUUCCUUCCUUCCUUCCUUCCUUCCUUCGGUCUUUCUUUCGGUCUUUCUUUCGGUCUUUGUUUCUCUUUCGGUCUUUCUUUUUUUAAUCAGCUGUGUCUUAUACCCAACUUUAAAAUGUUUCAAAUGCUGCCAGUGUGUGAGAAGGGGAAAUGGAUGCUUUUAGAUUCUAUGAAUAUUUUUUAUGCAAGAAAAUGCCUUUGUUUGUUUGUAAAUGUAAAUGUAUAUUCUGCAUUCACAUGUGUGCAUGUAUAUGAAAGCAAAGGCAGCCAUUAAUGCCUUGCAUCAUACAGUAUGAUAUACAUAUUAGAAUGUACUACAUAUUGCAUGUGACACGUGUAAUACGUAAAACACGUAAUAUCAGGAUGCAAAAUCUAUAGAGUACAUUUUAUGCAAAUGUAUAUAUUAUGCUUUUCAGUCAUAGGGCUGAGAAUGCUAAAGACAUAUCCUUCAAUAUAGUCAGAAUUGUCAGGGUUGUGAGAUGGUAUCUAUUUGCAUCUUUGUUUCCCUGCUUGUUUUUCAUUGUCUUGAGAUCUGGCUCCAUGCUUAGAGAGCUUUUAUUGUGGCCUCUCCUCAUCUGGGUCCUGAUCAUAUGGUAGAGGUUGUUUGUGUGAGACCUAACUGCUGCAUUUCUCCAGAGUCCCAUUGCCUUCUCAAAGGGUUUUAAUGUACAGGGAUCUCCCCCGGGGUCGGAGCACAGCCAUUAUAUUGAAAACUCUCUUCUCUGUCUUGCUGAAGUCAGUAGCAAAAUGCUACUUGUCUCGGUUACUGCAGGUCAGUCUGGGAAACGCAAGUGUGGUGUGGUGAGGGCCCUGUAGCUCAGAGGAGCUUGCCUGAAUAAAGAGAGCAGAAUGUGUCUUUCAGGGCAGUGUCCACAGAGAUACGUAAGUGCCCAAUUACUCUUUGGUUCAUUGGGACUGAGGCAAAUGUCUGUGAUGGUCUGGGCCUUGGGAGUCAUUCUGCAUCCUCUGAAGCAUGUAAAUGGUGGAUAAGUAAUAAGUAGGACUGAGGAAGGGUCUGCAAGGUGGGAUUUUGUGUAAAAAGUUGUCUUGGUCUCUGAGUUAAUUCUGUAAAAUGCUGUUGUUCUUAUCUGUGUAUCAGGUUCACUAUAAUGAAAUAUUUUUCGGAGUAAAAGAGAGUAACUUCAAAUUUUAAGUUGCUCUAGCAGAUGCACUAAACUAGCAGAAGAACCUGCUAUUUAAGAGGGAUGUGUCAAGGCUGUUGCAGUCUCCUAGUAGCCCAUGUUUGGUGCUAUUUUAUGCCUGAGUGUAUCAGCUGAUAUAAGUUUUCCCAAAGUAAGAUAUAAAAAACUCAGGUUAAGCACAAGCCACACUGAGCCUAUGUCAAAAAAUUCCUGUGCUCAUACUCUCCCUUGGGCCUGACCCCACUGGCCCUGCCAGGCAGGAGCCAUCCCUCCUAAGAACAGGCUGUUCUCCUGGCCAGUGUGACAAAUGGCUGGACAUGGAGGCUCCAACAAAAAAAGAUGUGAGGCAAAUUACCAGUAACAUAAUCCCAGCAUGUCUUGCAGAGAGCUUGUGUAGAGAGGUGAAGAGACUUUCUGCUCUGAGGCGAAAUUCAGCAGUGAGUUUCUAGCUGGAGUGCUGUGGCUUUGGGCAGUCUCCACUGGUGCAAAUUAAAUUUGCUGCAAACAUGCAACUUUUUGUGCAGUUUUUGCAUUCCAUAUUUCUCAGUUCUGGAAAGAAUGCAAAUGAAAAUUUGUGAAAUAGGACUGGUGGUUGCUCCCUGGAUGUUCUAUGUUAGAGCUAAGAGAAAUACAAAAGGAAACAGAAGCUUGGAAAUGUAACCUAGGUGCUUUCAUUCAGGCAUGAAAUCCUUUUCUAAGCAUCUCCUAAAAAACAGUAUAGUGUAGUCCCACAGUCAUCAACAAUGCUAUAUAUUAUACUGCUUCUGGUAUUCAUCAUUUUUAUUAAGCAGCUUUCAGAAUUUCUUCAAGUGACUUAAGUGACAUAGUGGUGACAUAGUGGCACCCAUGCCACUGACUUUAUAGAUGGCUCAUGCCACCAAAUCACAGAUGCUUUCAAAAAUCUUACCUCAAGUCCUCAGCUGUUAACACUCACUCCUGGAUGUUUGAAAUGCAGUUCUGCCUGUCUGUCUAGAUAUUUCCUUCUUAAGGCAGAGCACAUCCUUGCAAAGUAAAGUAGGCAUCUCCAGGGACUUGUUUCCAUAACAACCUCCCAGACUGUUUCUCUACCCUGUGACUUUGGCUACAAGCGAAAGCACUCGUUGAAUACUUUCAGUUCUCAGAUAUUAGUACCCCAUCUUUACAGCAUUUUUCUUUGCUUACUGAAGAUCCCAUCACUUUAUAUCAUGUACAACUGCCCUGUCCAACUCCAGACUGACAGAGCAUUAUCAGCAUUUGAAAACUGACAGUGCAAACCAGGAGAUGGAAAAGGACUUUGUAUAUCCUUGCACACAGAGAAGAGAUGAGUGUGUGAAGGACAAUCUGAACAAUCAUGGACAAGGAGCAUUGCAUUAAAAACCACAGAAACAUUUUUUUUUCAACAAUCUCACUAUGAAAUAAAGAUUUUGCUGUGGAUGAGACUAGUGCUUUUUCCUGAACCCCUGGCUAUUCUGUGACAAUCAGUUCAACAGAAAAUUUCAACAAUUAAGAACAGGGCAGAAAUCAUCUUCUUGUUGGAAGUGAGGAGGGAAGGAAAGGAAUAAUUUUAUUGAGGGCACCUUUUUUAUCCAAAACUUAUCCUUAUGUGAAGGACUGUAAGAGUGAAAGGCAUGAAGAGUUGUUUUGCAGUAUUUCAGAGUCUACAUUACUGAAGGAUUCCUGCCCUUUCCUCUAAGAUGAAAUUUUUAUUCUGUUCCUCUUUGGCAAAUGUCACAUUUUGAGAUUUCUGAGCAAUUUUCUGUUUUGGCCCUGUUCCUUCUGAUCCAGAGUAUAUGGAUAAAAGUCACUGCUACAGCAGCUGUGGAGGUGAAGGUGACUGGACUUGGUGUUCUCUGCUAGGCCCACUCAUUCAGUGUACAGAGAUCCCUAUGGAGAUAAAGAAGAAUGAAUAUAAAGGAUAUUCAGGGCAGCCAAAGGCAGGGUAAGGACUGAAGAGUCUUCCAUACUGUGAUGGAAAGAACAGCAUCAUCCCUAAAAGCAAUGGAACAAACAGCUCCAGCUUCUGCUUUACCUGCAGAAGUAGGUCCUGUUUACAUUGGGGAAAGAUCUACAGAUUACAGCAGGAGUUAACCACAGCUUACCUGAAAACUCUCAUCUAACUGGAGUCCAACUUGAUGGUAUCCAUUUUCAGGAAGCAGAUGCUGCCCUCUUUUACACUGGUGCAAUUCUGGAAUAACUCCACUGACGUCAGUGAAGUGAAAUUUAUCCCAGUUGAAAGCAGAAUUGGACCACAGUCUCAUCAUCUGCUUGUAUGAUAUGGUGCUCUCAGGAAGGUGCACCAUUACCAUACCAUAAGGCUGGAUUCUGGAUGAUGCAAGGCUGUUGUGUCAGAAUGCUGCAAAAGAUGUUGCAUCUCCUCCUCAUGGAGUUGGUGAAGUUUCACUCUGUGCAGGGAAUACAGCAUUUAUGGACAGGAAACUGCUUUCCUUGCUUAGAAGUUUUCUUAUUUUCUUUAAAGGGGUUAGCUUAAUUACAGGAAACUGAAAUUAGAUGUGAACAGGAGUUGGAGGAAGGAGGCAGGGAGAAUCCUCUACAAGAUUCAAAUGUGUAUGAUUUCUGGGAAAACUAAAUAAAACAGAAUUUAAUUCCCAGUGGCUAAAUAGCAGCAAUUUUUCAUCUAUUAAUCAAAAGCUCCAGACAAGCACUGAGUCAUGUGGGAAGCUGGAAAUGGACACAGGACACCUCCAAACCAUUCUGUUAAUGACACCUAUUUUAAAUCUUUUUUCAAGUGGAGGACCCAGUCCUGGCAAAUGCGUAAAGUCAGCCCUUAGAAGAGCACAAAGCUUUCUGUAGAGAACUGAACAGCUGGCCAAAGCAUGCCCAUUUGUCUGCCUGUCUUUUGCCCCUGGAUUACUGUGCUUUUAUAGACUGUUUUUGUAGCUCAGAUAAAUGGUAGAAGUUUAACAUAGCUCUACAAAUAAUAAUCAUCCUGAUCAUGCAUAAUAUGUGUUAUGUAAGAGGUGGGCCCAAACUAGAGGUAUUUCUCAUUUCCCUAUGAAGUGUCUUGUUUGAGUGUAUUUGCAGUUAGUUCUUCUUGUGAAUAUGUGAGUUUAUUGCCUGCUUUAAAGGAGGUAGUGACUUAGUUUCAGUGGCUGUAGAGAGUUUCACUGAAAUAACAGUUUAUAGUCUUUCAUGUGAUUUAGAAGGCACAAUUGCCAUAUAGUUCUGAAAACGUAAUAUAAUUGUAUACAGUGUUCAUGGGAAACAUUCUGAAGUUUUUUUCCCACUGCACCAUUGUGAUAAAAACCUCUGUUGCUCUUCAUGCUCCGUGAGCCCAUGCUGCAUUAUGCUGAAGCUGAUGGGAAAACCACUUAGUAAUGGGAAGUGACGGACAGAGAGGGAUGCUCUGGCCUGGAAUCUCCUCUCUUUGGCAAUGGCACAGGUCAGCCCUGCAGCCAAAAGUCCAGAACAAAAGGCAGAUCUACCCUCGGUGUGUUGCCAGUUCUCCGUGUAGGUGAAUGGGAGGGUGAGAAAUGGAGAAGUGAUUCUGGAAGGAGAGAGACUGAGAGGAAGAGUGGAGUAAAGGGGGUUCUGAUCAUUACCACUGGGAUUUUCAAACAGUACUCUGAUUGAUGCUGGGCAUCCAGCUCCCCCAGACUAUUUAUCAAUAACACUCUCUAAAUUUUCAUGCAUGACUUUUAGCUUGUGUGGCAGGCCUUACAGUCAGCGCGUGAGGGACAAGCGGUAGAAAGCAUCUCCUUCUAAUGUGACAGUUCUUGGCACCUGUAACAAGCGAGGAUUGUAAUAUCUCCUCAUGGCUGCUGACCGAGGGUCUGGUCCUCAGAUAAGCUGUGACCUCCUGGCUACCUGUGACUCAAACAGGUAAUCAGUGUCUUAUAGGACUGCACUUAAAGCAGCUGUGAUGUGGCAAAUCCAAAGAUACUUCUGGAGCAAGUCUGCGCAGUAGUCUUGAGCAUGGAUGUAAAACCACAGUUCCUAGGAGGCAACAUUCACUCCGUAUUCAUAUUAUUUGGGUGCAAACAACGCAGACACCUACUCUGACUCUCAGUGCAGGCCAGCUUGCAGUGUGAGGCUUAGACCUGUGUGACAAGGCAACAUGGCUGGCACUGGGCAGCCAGAGCUGCCACAGACCCUUCUUGCAAGGGCAGUUGUCUUCAGAGGUAGCCUAAGUGUAGGCUGCCUGCUGCAGAAGUCUGUGAGCCUUCAGAUGCAUGGCAUGCAGGUCAGAGACUUUAGGUGAUACUGUGUGCCACCACAAACAGCGCGGAUGUUGGUUGCAGGAUCCCUUUGCUUUUGCUGUGAAACCUAGAUCCUGUACAUUAUUUCAAGGAAAACAGUUGGGAUUUGCAGGCCAGGUCAUGUGAUGACAUAAGUAUUUCCAGUGCCCUCAUUGGAGCUAGGCUGAUUUAUACAAGUCUAGUCCAACAUUUCUGAGAAAUUGUGGAUGGUAGUUUUUUUUUGUUGUUGUUGGCUGCACUGAAAACCUGAAGCCUUUCAAAUAAAGUAUGUGAAGGAAACAGAAUUUUUAGAUGGAAUAGUGAAAUGCUGUUUUCUGGAUUCAGACUUUGAGACAAGUUUUUUGCAGAACCCACAUGUUGUGGGAGAAGAGGGUAUUGGGCUUGAAAGCUGACCAAUGAAAUGGGACUCAACUGAGCUUUGAAAAGCAAUUAUUGUCCGUAUUGGUGUUGCCAUAAUAUGUGCUUAACUCAAACCCAAUCUUGCACAAGCCAGAACCCAAUGAAACCAUGUAGCCAGGUAUUUGUGAUUGUUCCUAUCAGUGUGAUCCACUGUUGAAUAGGCUGGACAUAUGAAUAAAACCAAUAUUUUUUAAA